AGGACUUUCAACUCGAUGAGUAAGUCAAAACGUGUGUCACGCGAUACACCACCUUUGUUGCAAGUCACGAGUUCAGAUGCGCCAAGAAACGCACAGGCAUAGGUACCGCAUCCUCCGAUCAGUGGAGUGGUGAGUCGUGUGCGAGCCGUGGGUUGCGAGCAGACAUCGCCAAAGCUCGGCACGCAGCUCCUGUCGGAUCUACUUUCAGCUCGUACAUACUUGACGAGUGAUGCAGGCAGGCAAGCAGCAAGAGCGGCACCAAGAGGAGAGGCAACAUAUCUGAGCGACGGUGCUUGCUGCGGCACAUUCGCGACUGGACGAAGGCAAAAGAGGCUUCAUCUUGUCGUUGCGAUGCGAUGGUCGGCCAUCAAGAGCGAUGAAGCUGUCAGCCAGCAUCUUUGGCAGCUGAAAUCGUAUCCGCUUUGAGCAUAGCUGCGACCCCCAUUUGGCUCAGGAUGGCACCCAAAAGAGCUCAUAUUGACCCCGAAGGAGCCCGCGCUCGACCCAAGCAUGGCAACUUCUCAUCCUACUACUCUAUCAGGGCCGAACAUGCGUCUUCGGAGUCCUCAAGAAGUAUUGGCCGAGGAAGAGAUGCAAGUGAAAGCAAGCGGCCGACACACGUCUCGUCCGGCAGCGUGGAUCCUAGGCUUGACGUCAUGGUGAAACACAUCCAGCAGCAUGUCAAGACGUUUACAGGAGGUGCUUCUUCGAAUGACAAGAUGCAUGGAGCUUGGCCUACCCGGAUAUUGGAUGUCGGCUGCAACGAAGGCAGGAUGACAUGCGCAAUGGCGAGUGCCUUCCCAAACGCUCAAUCACACGGCGUGGACAUUGAUGAGUCGUUGAUCAAGCGCGCGGGAGCUUAUGCUCGUCGCAUGGGGUUCUCACCGUGCGUGAAUCCACCGCGCUGUACUGGCGUGGACAAGGAGGUCGCAUCGAGUGCGCAAGAACAGAGUCCCGCGCAUCUAGCAUUUCAUACGGCGGACUGGCCCAGGCUAUCCAUCGAGAGAGCUGUGUUGACCAGUCAACGUCACAUCUCAGAUGUUGCGCCAUUUCAACACACUACUGAGCUGCUCGCAUCGCGGAGACAAGAAAGUCGAGAGCUCUGCUUGAGCGCUCUUGCGCGUGAAGACGAUCAAGGCUGGGACGUAAUCCUAGCGCUCUCAAUAACCAAAUGGAUCCACCUUUCUCACUCCGAUCUCGGCAUCCGGCACUUCUUCAGCCGCAUUGCUCAAACCCUGUCCAAAAGGCCUCUAGGUGGCGUUCUGAUCCUCGAACCGCAACCCUGGAAGUCGUACGAGCAAGCCAGGCGCGUAAUAGGUGCCGAAGGUAGAAGAAGACACAAGAAGCUGCGUCUUCGACCUGAAGAUUUCCAAUUCGUACUGACGAUGGAGCUGGGCUUCGCAGAACCGGUGCGGCUGGGCCAGACGGCAGGCUAUGGGUUUUCACGAGACCUUUACGCGUACCAUGUACCUCCCGCGGAGCGCACACCAGCAUGCUACGUCUCGCUCAGAGAUCAGAUCUGUAGCGAAGCAGAACGCCUAGCAAGGCACCCUCUUGACGGCGCGAGCUUCUCUUUGCAUGAUCGGUCGACGAGCAAUGACCAAGCAGGAGAAGAUACCGCGGUUGCAUUCGCCUGGGUGGCCAGACCUUUCUCUCAGCGUUCCGCUCCGCGGCCGAACGCUGACUCGUGAUGCGCACAUCCAAAGUCAGUCCACCGCACUGCACGAUACCACCAGCACAUUUGGAACUCGUAUGAUUCAUUGUUGAGCG